AAUACUCUAUGGAAAUAUUUGUUUUAGGCUGGCAUCAUAGAGGAGAUGAUGGAGGAAACACUGGAGGGAGUGAUGGAUGACGGGAUUGAAGAUAUGGAGGAGGAAGCCCAGGAGGAGGUGGAUAAGGUUCUCUGGGAGCUGACCGCUGGAGCACUGGGUCAAGCACCGGCCGUGGUCUCAGACAGUCUACCAGCAGCGUCAGUCACAGAGUCAACUUCUGCUGAGGUCGAGGACCCAGAAGAGUUGGAAGAGAUGCAGAGUAGGCUUCAGAAGCUUCGCAGCUAGUCGACUCUCCUGCCUAGUUUCUUACUUAAUUUAUUAUUCCAAAGUAUAUAUUUUUGUAUUUUAAGAGCUAUAUUCAUGUUGUUUUUGUUUAGUUAGUUGUUAAGCAUAUUGUGAAUGCCUAUAACUGUUUUAGAUUUUACCAUGCGUCUUGCAAAUAUUAUAAAAUGAAACUAUGCAUUUUAAUGUUAAAUCUCCAAUGAUAUAUUAAAAAGGUAUUGAAAUUUAAAUGAACGAAAUUGAAAAAACAACUUCAGUUUGAGUUCUUGUGUCUGAUUAAUUUGUUAGGUAAUGAACAUGAAGAUUUAAAUUACAAUAUAGGCAAUAACUCACAAUUUUUAGUUGCAAACUAUAUAGUUUUAUAACAGUGGGUUCUAUAACCUACCUUAGAAAAGAAAUUUAAUUACAUUUUUCUUAAAUGUACAUUGAAAGUUUACAUGGCAUUUCUUAACCCUUCCCACCGCUGUAGAUUGAUAUAUUAGAAUGGCAGACGUUGACCAAAACGCCAAAUACAGUUAUAUC